UGACGUAAGGCUCAUGCUGCAGGUUCCUCUACGGGCGUCUCGUAUAAUGGAAUAAAUUUCCAUUUUAGUGAACACGAUUUUAACGGUGUUUUAUACGAAUAAAAAAAUCCUCCCUUAUGGCACUAGUUCUGUCUUUACAAGCAAUACAUAUUCAUCCGCUUCUACGUGAGUGUCAAGAACACAGCAGUACCCGGAUGGACUGUCAUGGCCGCCGUCGCUGUGGAUCCACAGAGAGGAGAGGAAGAAGGCAAAUGUUUCUGUUGUGUAUUUUUUCAAGCUGAACAUUGUCUUUAUGAUGCUGGACGUAGACGGGACGCCGCCUGAACUUCCAUCGAGUUCAUAACAUUGGGAUCACACUACAAACUCCUUUUCUUCAGAACACUGGUUAAGGUUUUCCCAAAGGAGCACAGGACCUCAAAGACAUACAGAUAUACAGGGGGAGACUUUGGAACACUUCGAAAACUGUAUGUGGAAAAAAUCAAGUCUUGGCUUACGGUUUUGACGACUUCUGGCUUCCUCUGCCAUAACAGCAGAAACCUUCAUACUUGCAACAAUGGAAGAAGAUGGAUUACCAUAUGACUCUCCAAAAAACUGCAACAAAUCUGUAAUAGAGGAUGAAAAGGAAAAAGUAAAAGACUUUCUGUAUAAGCAUUUCAGAGAUGUAACAGAUGGGUCGCUCUUCAGUAAUGCAGAAGAAUCUGCCAUUAAGGAUAAUGGGACUUCCACUAGGAAAGAUAAAAACUCUCUUAACAAAGCCCAUUGUAAAAUUCAACAGGGGGCUGUAUUCUCUGGCAAAAUUUUGAGUUUUGGAUGCUCAGUUUGUAAAGAUAACUGUACUUUUAGCCCCAAUGACCUUCUUAAACAUUUUAGAGCAGUUCACAGAGGAACCCUUCCUACAUACCCUUGUGAUUUAUGUGAUUUCGUCACAAAUGAGUUCCCUGCUCUUCAGCGCCAUCGGAUUGAGCACAGAAAUACUCUGGUUACAUGUGAACUUUGUAAUGAUGAUGCGCAGUACUCUCUUCUUUUGCUUACUAGACACUACAUCAUGUGCCACAGUGUAAAUGGACAGUUCAGCUGUGACUGGUGUGAGUUUACAACUGUGGAUGCAGGGACAUUUGUCCAGCAUAUCCAUCAUCAUAAUGAAAGUCAUUGGAAGUGUUUGAAAUGCAAACAUAUUAGCUUGAACGAAGAGGAUCACCAGAAGCACAUGAAAGCUCACACGGGUACAUUUCCUUUCACAUGUCAAGUCUGUGGAUAUGGUGCAGCAAGAAGUGAAUACCUUAAAAAACACAUGGCAGCUGUUCACAAAGAGGUGACAGAAAGAAAAAAUGCAUGGAAGGCUAUAGAAGACAAUGGCUCACCAGCAAAUUCAUCUGUGAACUUGAAAUUGAUGCUUAAAAAGAAUAGUGAGUCAGAGGAGGCUCAAAGGAUAUCGAAACAAUAUCAAAGUGGCAAACUAGUUAAGUCAGACAAAUCCUUAGAGGACACCCAGCACUUUGUUGAUGGGACUGUAGCAAAAAAGGACAAAACUUUGAGCAAAGUUUCCCAUAAUACAGAACAGUCAACACCAAUCACUUUGGAGGAAUGUGAGAAUUGUCCAGCCUCUGAUAGUGGAAGUCACAACAAUGCUAACGGACUGACUGUUCUAAUGGUUAAGAACAAAAUCUCCCUCCCCCCUAACUGCACAACCAAAGUUAUGGGAUUCAAGAUGGUCGACGGAAAAAAACAUUUAGUUCUCAAAGUAAUCCCAACAACAAAGCAAGAUCAGAACCAUUCCGUUGCUGAAGGGGGCUUCUCCACACUAAAUUCUGUGUUUGAUAAAAGUAAAAACUCUGAGAAUGAGCUUUGUUCUGAUAGCAGGAGCUCGACAUCACAGUGCUUAGCUGUUUCACCAAGAAGUGGAUCUUGCAUACAGAUAGAUCAAGAGGAUAUUUUGGCAGUUAAAGUAAAAAUUGAGGAGGAGGAAACAUCAGUCGGGGCCCUUAGUUCAACUCCACAUAUUGAAAGUGUUGGAGAACAAACAAAUGCUAUAUUAGAUACAUCAUUAAAUUGUGCAGAUGCCUCGUGUCCCACAAGAAAUGAGUUGGAUCAGGCACAUCAUCCAAAUGAAACAAACUCUAUGGAGCAAAUGAACUUGAAAAGUAAGUCAGUUACCCAAACUUCCAGUCCUUGUAGAAACUGCCAUGGUGUUUCCAGCCACCCUGCAACAGUGUGUUCUGUUAAGGUCAGUGGUUUAUCUUCACCUUCAAAGUUUGCUCAAGAUACACUGCUUCCCAAACCCAUCUUUAGAAAGAUCGACGAGGAGCCUAAAGCUGUAAAUGAGCUAUCCGCACCUGACAGCAUUUGCAGCCUAACUGAUGAGCACAAAGGGAAUUCUGCUUUUAACACUAUGGAAAAUGGACAUCAGUCAUUCCACAUUUCUUCAGAUAAAAAUGAUAGGUUUAGAACUGAGAUUGUACAUAAAAACAGACAGGAAAAUGCAAAACAUACAUCAUGUUGCCCAUCACAGCUGUCUCCACCAAAUUCAGUUAGCUGCAGAGAAAAUGCCAUUGGCUCGGAGAAAUGUAUUCAGGACUCACCAAACCAAGAAGUAUUUACUUUUCACAAUUAUUCGAAGGAUGCUUUCAACAUUUCAUCAAACAUCACCCCAAACUUGGAGAAUAAUUUGGAUGAUAACUCAGCAAAUAAAAGACAUACCUCUAAAUCAUCACACUUCAACUUGACAUCAGCAGGAUUACCAGAACAAUGCACAGGAAGUGCAAAUAGUGACACUGAAGUUGAUGAGUGUAUAUCUAAUGUUGAUGGUCCUCUGACAGAAGAAAAUCCCGAUGUAGUGCUCCAAGACUUCAAUAUUGUCAAAAUUGAGGAAGAGACCAUUCCGAUAUCUAAAAGACAGCCUACGAGUAGUUUAACAUCCCUUGGCAAUUUUGUGGAAGAACAUUCUGAUGCAAUCAUUACCCAACAGCUUAACAAGGAAAGAACGGGUUCUUCAAGUGCAAACAAUGAUUCUUUAAAACCAACAAAAAGAACUGUGCGAAUUCUUCAGCUACCAGAGGCUAAUCAGCCAGUACUCCUGACUAGGACUAGUGAGAACCAAUUCGCAAUGCCAGUGCAGGUCAAGGCUACCCCAGGCUUUAAACUCAUAACAAAUUCUGCAAAGCCUCAAAUCAAUGUGUCUUACAUUGAAAGUUCAAGUAAAACCACAGGUCUAAAUCCAGACAGCAAAAGGAUAGGUGUACAAGCAAUAAAACCUGGAACUGCUGAAAAAGGGACAGCUCUUCUUUCUGGUGUUCAACCAGGUUUUGGUACCGGUUUAAAUCACUACCUUAUUAACAGUGCAGGUUUAAAAUGCCCUGUACUCUUUUCAAGCACAUCACAAAAUACAACUUCAGACAAAACUGCAAAGUCUCAGUCAACGUGCUACUUAGUACAAAGGUCUGUUCCUUUUGUCCAGGCCCCUAAUACUCCUACCCUCAGACUGGCAAGUGCCCAGCUCCCACUUAACUCACGGCCGGUGCUAGCGAUGCCAGUGAGUAGUACAGACAAACCCGGCGCACUGCAGACUGGUCGGCAAGCCUUCUUGCUGCGGUACAUUUCUCAACCCAAAUCAAGCCUACUGUUGAACAACCAAGAACCAAACAAUGGAACUCAUUGCAGCCAGACGAAUGAGGGCUCUGGAAACAAAGUUAUAUUUAAAAUUGUCACACCCACUAGUAGCCUUCUUACAAAUGGCACUCCCACCUCAAAUAAUCAACCUUUGUUUUUGGCCACCAGACCGCAGACUCAGUGUUUCCUGGUGUCGGCAAACAAAACUAAUGCAGCUGCUUCCACUGGAAUAAAAAAGUUGAUCACCAUUCAAAAUACCAAACAAAAAGAUGUCAUUGAUUCCUGCAGUUCACCUUCUCAGACAACUAUAAAGGCACAACAACUGUGUGAAUCAGAGAAACCUGUCCUCGCCCCAAGGCCAAUUCGGCCUCCAAGCCAAAGGAAAAGGCGCAGGAAAGCAUUAUUUGACGAACUUCCAGGAGCAGUGCACAAGGCAAGAAGAUUCCUGAGUAAACCACCAACUGAGAAAGAGACUCUGUUAUGGAAACCUGUAGCCAAAGAGGUAGAACGGACACUUAGACUUGCCCCAUUGAAUUCUCUACAGCACAUCAAAUGCCCUAGUAGAAACCAGCCUGUAGUGGUGCUCAAUCAUCCAGAUGCUGACAUUCCUGAAGUGGCCAACAUCAUGAAGGUAGUAAAUAGGUACAAAGGUGCUGUCACUAAGGUCUCUCUGUCUCAAAAAACAGUCCAAGCACUCUUAGAGCUUGGCACCCAAGGGAAGAAUUCCUCAACCAAAGACGCAUGUCAUUUCGACAAUCCAAAAUCUCGACCGGUUCAGAGUUCUGUCCGGGAGCGAUUCCUCCUUAAACUGAAACUCAAAAAAAAAAGCAAAAAGAAGUAUGAGGUUGUAAAAACUUUAUCAGGUUGUAGAGAAGAGCAAGUAAUGUUUGACUGCUGGUUUUGUGGUCGGCUCUUCAGCAGUCAAGAAGAUUGGAUUGGCCACGGUCAGAGGCAUCUCAUGGAGGCAACUAGAGACUGGAAUAAACUAUUCUGAAAUUUUUCUACCACAUUAAGAUGGGUGGACAUGUUCUCCUGAGUGGAACUGUUGUUCUGCUGCUGGUUGUAUAUUGUAUAUUUGCGCAUUAACAGCCUUCCACUAUUAGUUUGUUCUCUGUAUGUUCUCUGUAAAUUUAAAUAUAUAUUCUUGAGUCAUAGUUUCUUUUAAUAGGUGCAUAUUCUGGUAAAUGAUGCACUGCAUGCAUGAUUUGUCAUACAUGCAGAUGUCAAAUUGAACUGUGAAAAUGGUACACUGUAAUUAGGGUUGUGUUAAGAGCACUGGCUGAACAAAAGAAACAUAAGCAAAGGUUGUAUGUCGAGUUGGAUUGAAUUCCUCAGGUAAUUUUAGAAUUCAUUUGGCUUGUCAUGUGUCAUUUUUGUAAAUCAUAGUUCUAGUUUAAGGGACUUUUGUAUUUUUUAUUAUUCUGUACUCAAGGACAUGAAGCUGUUAUUUGUAUAGUUAACAAUAAACCUUAUAAACGAGUUACAUUAUUUUAUGUUUGUGAAGGAAGGGGAAAAAAAUUCUUGGUCUGAAUAUUUUUUUUUUCCCCCAAAUAUAGUUAUAAUUGAAAAAUGUAUCAUAAUGUUUACAGUUUUCUUAUCAGGAUUUCCCUGUACCAUACUUACAUCAUAACAUGAGCUGCACCUUUUCGUAGUUACCUGUCUAAAACACCCAAGAAAAUAAAUUGUUGUGAGUCAUUGUUUGAGUCUAAAUUUAAUGACAAAUCAUUAGGAUGAUUUUUCUUUCAACCUAUGCAUUUAUUUCUUCGGUCUUUCAAAGAAGCUUUUGGUGCACUAUGUUGCUACCAAGAAAGCUAAAAAUGUCAGUCAAGUGUUGCAUGGUUUGACAGUCAAGUUUGACAUUCACUUCCAAAAAUUCCAAAAUGACUGGCCUCUUUAAUAUAGUCUGUUAGUUCAUUAGUGAUGGAGGUAAUGGGUCCAAGAUGCAGACCAAAACCUGUUUUAUUCAUGUUGUUGUUCGGCCUGUUUGUGUUGUUUCAGGAGGGGGUUUUUUUUGUUUUUGUUUUUUUUAAUCAAUUGUACCCCCGGUUGUUUAGGUCUAGUUCAGUAAUCUUUCCACAUAAAAUUUCAAGGAAUUUAAAAAUAGUGUUUUAUAUGGAUGGUUUACGUAUUACUUUAAAGUGGCAAAUCGGAAUAAAAUAAGCUUCAAAUAGUAAUGGAAUAAAACUCUGAUCCUUCUUACUUAUCCUUAUGUUAUUUGAUUUUUUUUUCCUCUUUCAUGAUAAGCUUCCUUAAGUUAACACCCUGGGCUGAUAUCACAUGAAAAGCAUUUUGUGAAAGAAAAGGUUGUACAAAUUUAUGCCUAAAACCUACUUUUACUGGCAGUAACAUCAGACUAAAAUGGAUAAAAAUAGAAAAUGACAGCAGGGUUAAUAUCAAAUCAGCAUGGGCCUUCUGUUUGACCUUCUCUGAUUUGCAUAAAAAAAUUGUCUUCCGUCUCAGAUUUGCAAAAACAUGUUGUCUAAAGUUGUCUAAAGCUUCAAAUAUCAACUUUUCAAGAAAUGUUUUUCAACCCACUUAAAUUUUUUUGGCAAAUGGAACAAAUUUCUGAGGAUUCGAGAUGGUACUGAUAACUCAGAAAAUAAUUUUUGUUAAAAAUGUGCAUAUUUUUCAUUUUCAACAUCUGGAUCACCAUUUCAAAUCAUCAUGUUUUUAGAAUGUUUUCUAAACUAUCUUUGAAAAUUUGAGCAUGCAUGAUUGCUUUGAAAUUUUAGCUUCAUAUAUCAAAUACUUUGAUUUUUUUUUUUUUCCAACAAAGAUCCAUCCACCUAUUUUCAGGCCCUUUGCAGAUUGUCCAAUCUGAAUAUAACAACAUUCUGGAGUGUCCACAUGGUACAUAAAAAAGAUACAAGGUGCUAACCCUAAAACACUCAUCCUAACCCUUAUGGCACCACUGAUUGAAAAAUUAAUUAAUUAAUUAAAAAAGCCUCUGCACAUUUAUACCUCCAUACAUCUAAUAACACAAAGUUAUCUCUAAGAUAGGAAAUCACUACUCUUUGCUGGGUGCUUUCUGACCUGACCUGCUGGCGCCAUUACAGAGACAUUGCAAGUCCACAUAUGAUGUAUGCUCACCUCUUAUAACAACUUUAUGAUUACAGAAACCAGAACUCUACAUUGAACCUCAAACAUGCCCAAAGAUGAAAGUUCUUUAUAUGUCUAACAGUAUGUUCACACCUGUGUCAAUCCUGUGUGUUCUAUGCUGAUAUGAGGUGAUGUGUGUCAGUGUGUAUAGGUGGGGGUGCAUAUCUCUGUCUGUGUGCUCGUGCCUAUAUGAGGUUAUAUUUGUGUUUAGGUGUGUAUGUGUGUGCUUGUUAAUCUAGAAUAAAAGGUAAAGAACAAUAAUCCCAACAGUUCCCCCUUUUUUUGUGUUUUUCACUAUUUUGUCUUAGUCCUUUCACCUUACCCU